AGAAAGUAGAAAUACGAGGAGCGAGCAUUUGGGGAAAUAAAAGCAACCGUGUUUUAUUUUGAUGCGUCGUUACUGACAGCUAGCAUCUGCUGCUAGCCUACAGCUCUGCUCCGGAGGGGGGUGGGAACGAUUUGCAUGCAAAGAGAAAAAAAAGAUUUUGAAAUUGGGGAUUUCUUUGCUCGUCUGUGGGGAAUGAUUGGUACCAACGUGGCCCGUCGAUUGCGAUCUUUUUCUGGUGCUAGCAGCGUAGCAAAGACUAGCCUAAAGAAAGGGGAGGAGAGACGGUGAAAAAGGACGCAUUCAAAUCAAAUGUUUAUCAGCAAUUCGCCCAUCACCGGCCGAAUCCGCGGCAUCUCCAUCAUGACCGAGACUGAUUUUGGACUACAUUUGCAUUCGUGGAAAUGAUAAAUGUGAAAGGCGUAGGAAAAGGAGAAAGGCUGGCUUUUUUUGGAGGUGGUUGGAUUAUAACCCCGUAGACCCCCCUCUUUUUUCAUCCAGCUUUCUCCUCCUCCCCUCCAUUUCUCUUUCAAUAUGCUGUUUUCCACUCCUGAGGACUUGCUUAUGAAACCGGGGAAAAUAGCCUGAAACCGAGAACGGGAAAGACUGGGAUUUUUUUUUUCCGUGAUCUGCUCUGCGACGUUCUCGUUGCUUUCGUCCUCAUCGUACACAUUGUACAACACAUAAAUGGAUAGAAAUUACCCGGGAACAGGAUUCGGCGAUUUGGGCGCAGGAGCAGGAUGGAGUUACGAGAGAUCGGCAAAAGCAAGUCUUGUAUAUGGGAGUUCCAGAUCAUCCCACCCUGAGUCUGAGCUCCUUCACCGGCAAGCCUAUGCGACCCCACACCCUCUGCAGGGCUAUGCCACCAAUCACCACCCAGGGAGCUCUGGCCAAGGCGGGGCUUGGGGAGCAGCUGGACGGAGUUUGGGUCUGUCGGGGCUCUUUGACACUGGCCUGCACCAUGCCAGCCCCUCUGCCCCCGAUGCCUCCGUCAUGAAUCUGAUUUCAGCCCUGGAGUCCCGGGGUCCCCAGCCUCCACCCUCUGCCUCCUCCCUUCUCUCGCAGUUCCGCACGCCAUCCUGGCAGACAGCGAUGCACACACCUGCUCCACCUGAACUGUUCAUCUCUGGAGCCCUUCCUGGCUCUGGCUCCUUCCCUUCCUCCUCAGCUCUCUCAGCCUAUCAGCAUCCAGCAUCCUUCUCCAGCCGUUCUUUCCCCGCCGCCUCCCUCUCCCUCCAGGACACGCCUACGUUUAGUCCCACAUCCAAUGGCCUGCUCUCCCCACAUGACCCCCUACUACACAUCAAGGCCCCUUCCCAGUCUAGCCUGGGUUUUGAUAGACUCCUGUCCUCGCAGGGUGCCGCUGCAGCUGCCUAUAGGGGCAGCCAGGAUCCCACGAGUGCCACAUCAGCCCAGGCGUCCUCUGCCAGGCACCUGCAGUCACACCAGUUCAACCUGCUGUCAUCCCAGCUCCAGGACCAGUCAUCCCAGCUGUACAAUGCAUCAGUCUUUUCUUCAGCCCAGCCCCAACCUCAGUCCCAGUCCCAGUCUAAUUCGGCUCAGGAACGGGCUGUGCCCCGGCAGGACAGCGUUAUCAAGCACUACCAGCGGCCCACACCAGCUCAGUCACAGCUCUCAUCCUCUGCUGCCCACUCCCUUCAGCACUACCUCAGCUGUGGAGGGGCAGGGUACCAGCAGAUUGCCACCCACCACAGGCAUGCUGGUCUUUCUUGCAGUCCCUUGGGAGACCAGAGCCCGUCGUCUGAUCACAAGCCCACCUCUCGCACUGAACAGUAUCGGCCAAUCAUCCAGCCUCCCUAUUCCUCCUCCUCCUCCUCCUCGUCUUCUUCCUCAGCUGGGAAAGGUACCAAAAGCAGUUCCAGCAGUGGCUAUUCUUCUGCCAGUUCAGCAUCAUCUUCAAGAACCCCUCACACACCCCCUUCUGCGUCCUCAACCUCCUCUUCCUCCUCAUCUUCUUCUGCCACCUCUGGGGCUCAUCCUUCCAACUCAAUCCCCACCUCCAGCUCCAGUGCAGCCCCUUCCAGGCAACAACCACCCCCUCAGCCAGCUCCUCCUCCCCCAGCCCCUCAGCAGCAGCAGCCCCCUGCCACCUCCACCUCAGCACCCCAGUCUCUCCCCAAAUCCUGCCUCUCAGGCUAUGGUUCUCCUGUGCCCCCAGUGAAGACCCCCACUUCUGCUCUUACUGGUCAGACCCCACCCCAACAACAGACACAGUCUUAUUCCCCUAAUCAGCCACCUACUUCCCACCUGGCUCAGUCCUAUGGAGGCUUCAGUUCACCACAAGCCCAAGACCUGAGCUCAGGUACGGGUGGGAAAGGCUAUGGCAGUUUAGGGGGGCGAAGCCAGUCAUACUCCACUGAUAUAUAUGGAGCUGACUCUGCUUAUGGAUCACUUCCAUCCUCUCUGGGUGGAGCUGGAAGCCCAUCACUAGGCUACGGAGCCCCAGGUCACUCCCCUGCCCUAUUAAGGUCAAGUGGUUCAUCAGGUAGUGGAGCAUCUGGGGGAGGAAGCAGUAGUGGCACAGGAAGUGGGAACUCUGGGUCAGGAGGAGGAGGGGGAAAUAGUAUGACCAAUGAGAGAGGUGGAGGUGGCAGUGGUGGAGGGUCUUAUCAUAUUCCAGACUCUAGCCCUUCUCCAUCAGGCAACUCAGGCAUCAUCCGUCCAGGGUUGCACUCCCCAGUGCCCUCCUGCCCCACACAAUCUCCAGGGGGUGCAGGCUCCAAUAAAUAUAUUUCCUCAGUUCUCUCCCCCACCUUCCUAGCCUCCCCACAGGGUUACCCCGACACCAGAGGCCCCAGCUCCCAACCUCAGUCUUAUCAUUCCACCUCCGCCAAAACAAAGGCAGACACUUCCAUGCUAGGAGUGGGCUCUCAGAGGUCCCAAGAGGAAGUAGAUGACGACGAUGAGUUCUUGAUCCAGCAUCUGCUGCAAGCCCAAGCAAGUCCUGCUCCCCAGGCUGGUCAUCAUCAUCCUCAACAACAGCCCCAACAGACGUCCCAACAAACACAGCCUCAGCCCCAGUCAGUGCCCCCAACCACUGACUCAGGGAAAGGGCUGAGCUAUGACAUGGGUAAGACCUCUGAGGAGAGAUACCACCCCCAGAGUGUCAUACGUACCCACAGUGCCACAUCUGCUGCUGGAGUAGGUAGCGCGGGGUCUGGAGGGUCCAUCUCAGGACUGGAGAACCAGCUGGAGAUGUCACUAAAGAAACAACAGCAACAACAUCAACAACACCAUCAUCAACAGCAGCAAAGAAACGAGAGGUCUGUUGGAAGCAGCAGGAGCAGCGGAGGGAGAGGCAAUGCUGAACAAGUGCACUCCCACCUCCAUCACCAUGACAACCUAGGCUCAGUAGUCCACUACGGCCGGGGUGAUCCAUACACGCAACACUCCUUAGCUCCUCAGCACUCCUCACAUAGUCAGCAUGUGUCCUCACACACACAGAUACCGUCCCACACCCAAAUGGAGCUCCAAAAGAAGCCACAGGAGCGCGCUGAAAUCCCUUAUCCUCGGAAAACACCGGAGGUCCAGCAACAGCAUUCCCAGUCUCAAGCUGCCGCCUCCCUCAUGGACUCUCCCACUGAUCAGUCUCGUCAGCCACCACACCUACUGCAGUCAGUCCUGUCUCACACCACCCGCAACAAGAUGGACUCUCAUCGGCAACACCAACAGCAUCACAAAAUGGACUCCCACCAACCGCAUCAGCAGCACCCAAAAAUGGACUCCCACCCUCAGCAUCAACAGCACCAGAAGAUGGACUCCCAUCAGCAUCAACAGCACCACAAAAUUGAUUCUCAUACACAACAUCAACAGCACCAUAAAAUGGACUCUCAUCCCCAACAGCAGCACUCUAUCAGCCAACAACAAGCUGUAAUGGAAAGUGCUGGUGGGACACUUGGCUCAAGUAAACAUCAGGCUCAGCCUCAGUCCCAAACCACCCAGCUACAGCUUCAACUCCAGUCCCAGGCUUUGGAGGUGGCAGCGGCUCACUACAACCACGGGCCCCCUCCACAUCAGCAUGAGCAGAGCCAGGUUAAACAAAGCUCAGUGGUGUCUUCCUUGGACAUGCUGGAGCGCUCCCUUUCACAGACUUCCAGCACAGACGUAGCUGUUGCAGAGGACAGGCGUGGUGGAGCAGGCAGCGGGGGAAGGAGUGGAGGUAGCAAUGAGCGCCACAGACAGCAAGAGCAGCAGCAGAGGCAGCACCCAUCCCACCACCACUCACAGCAACACUCAGCCUCUGAACUCCACUCUUUCCUCUCUGAGCCCGAUAUGGGCUUGUCAACGCCAUCUCACAUGCACCAUCUUUCACAACACCACCCGCAGCAGCAGCAACAACAGCAGCACCCGAGCUCUCAGCACCAACAAACCCACUCUCACCACCCUCACACCCAACCCCACCCUCACCAUAUACCCCCACCUUCUGCCUCCGCCCACUCCCAGCCUCAACCUGACCCACAGCAACCACUCUCAUCCCAGCUCACCCCUCAGCAGAGCCAGCUGGACCAGCAGCGCUCAGAGCAGCACCAGUUUGACACAGUCAGCCCAGUGGAGAAAGCAGACCAGAAUCAACAAAGUAACCGCUUUGUACCCCUGACGUCCAUCUGCUUCCCGGACUCCCUCCUUCAGGAUGAGGACCGCUCCUUUUUUCCAGGAAUGGAAGAUAUGUUUUGUGCAGAGGACUACAAGUCAAGCUGUGCUGGAGGUGCAGGACCAGGACAGGAAGAGAUGAAUGACAGCCACACUGGGCAAGAGGGAAUGGAUUCCAUGAAAGCUGGACAGAGUGCAGGUGGAGCAGGGGGGAGUAGUGGAGCUAGCUAUGACAUAAUGGGUCACCAUGGUGGAGAUCAGGGUUAUGAACCAUACUGUCAUGGCCUGGAAGAACCAAGCAACAACACCAUGACUCUGGAUCUAGACUCUCUUAAAACCCAUGAGCUUCCUUCCACUGUCAACACUGAACAGCUAGGAUUGAUACAGUCUCAGGCCCCAGCUAUGGGUAUGGGCUCCAAUUCUGCUGGUCCUAACAACUCUGGAGCUAAACUGUCCUCUGGGCCUGGAGGACCUGGCACAGGAGCUGGUCCUGGAGGCCUCCAGUCUCCCAUCUUCUGCUCAUCUCGUCCCAAGAAGCUCCUCAAGUCCAGCUCUUUCCACCUGUUGAAGGAGCGCCGAGACCCCAACACACUGCCUAAGAAAAGUUAUGCUCAAGAAUAUGAGUUUGAAGAUGAUGAGGAUAAAGCCGACCAGCCAGCUGACAUCCGGUUAAAUAGCCGGAGGCUCCCGGACCUAUUACCAGACUUGGUGUCCAGCUGCAGAAAGGGAGGAGGAGGAAGUGGGUCUCUCAGUCCUUUAAUGGGUGACAUUGAUUUCUACCACUCCUCUGGCUACUCCUCUAUGGGUUCACACACUCUUCUGCCACAGGAUGGACCCAAGAAGAGGGGCCGAAAGCCCACAAGACCCAAGAGAGAAGGUCCACCGAGGCCAAGAGGCAGGCCUCGCAUCCGUCCAAUGCCUGAGCCUUACACUCCACGAGGGAUGAUGGGGGAGAUGGGUGGAACAACAGUAGGAGGGGGAUUCAGCGUGGAGGGACGAGGUAGGGGCAGGGGCCGUGGAAGCCGAGGUAGAGGAGGAAGGAGAGAGGAUAUGUACAUGGAAAUGAGUGGGAAGGAGCAGGAUCAGAUGCACCACCAUCACCUCCAUCAGCAGCAGCCACAGCAGCUCCAUCACCAGCCCCAACAGCAGCUGCACGAGCCUAUUCCACCUCUGAAGAUCAAGUUACCAAUUGGUACUAUGUCUUCCUCCGAUGCCUUGCUGAGGACGGACUCUUUGUCUGGCACGGACCCUGCUUUGUCGGAUGGCUCAGUGGGCUCUGCUCCGUCACUUGGUUUAAGUCCUGGACCCCCCUGCAGCGCUGACAGCACCAGAAGUCAGGACAAGAACAAGCAGAAGAACCAGAUGAUGAGUGAAGGAGUUGAUGAAGAGGGGCUGGAGGACAGGGGCGAUGAGAAGGACUCUGAGUCCAAGGCUGGCUUCGUCGCUUCAUUCUUGGACUUCCUCAAGACAGGGAAAAGACCUCCAGGCUUGGACAUCUCUCCAGGAAUGGAACAUGACAACGGUGAAAACUCGCCCUGUAAAUCAGGUGGUCUGCGCCCUCUGUCUCCUGCGCCGCCUCCUCCACCACCGCCACCUCCAUUCGGGGACAGUGAAGGGAAUGGGGGUCUAGCUUUGGGGAACUGCUCCAGCCCCAAGCGCUUGGAAGAUGAGCUGAAGAGGAACCUGGAGACCUUGCCGUCGUUCUCCUCUGAUGAGGAGGACUCCGUCGGAAAGAACCAGGACCUCCAGAAGAGCAUCUCCUCAGCCAUUUCUGCUCUGUAUGACACUCCUCAGCUAACCUCUAACAUCCAGCCCCCUCUAUCUCCUCCACCUCCCCAGCCUCAGCCUCAGCCUCAGCCUGCUCAGUCCCCACUUACUCCCACUCUGCAGCCCCCUACGCUUAGCCCACAGCCUGCCAUGCACACCCCUCACGCCCUGCCCCAUUCCAAUGAACCUGAUGUCCUCCAGCCAGAAGAUGGAGACAUGGAUGAGAACAAAGAGGAGGAGAAUGAGGAGGAGAGAAGCACAGGAGGGGAUGAAGAGAGUGAUAUCACAGAGGAGAGAGAACCACAGCUGGAAACCCUGGGUGCCCCUAAUCUUGACGCGCCCCCCCUCCCUGAGAUUCCUCCUGCACCGGCAACUCCUGAACCUCCCUCUGUCCCACCAUCUCCCACCUCAUCCUCUUCUCCUUCUCACUCCCCCCUCCCUCCCCUCUCGCUUCCCUCACCCCUACCCCCGCCAGAAGAACAACAGGAGAACUCCCAGCCUCCGAGCCCUGUCGCUCCCACAUCCCCCUCUCCACCGCCUCCGCCACCCGCCACUCUCCCUCAGCCGGCCACUCCCCCUCCGACUUCCCCUCCUCCCCCAUCCUCACCGCAGAAGGAGUCUCCCAUGCCAUCUCCAGAGUCCCCCGCUUCUCCCGAAGAGCCCCCACCUCCUAAGAUCACCUCCCUGCACCUUGCCCAGAAGCAAGAAGAUGCUGCCAUUGCUGGAGAGAGUGAAGAGGAUGAGAGCGAGAGUGGAGGGGAGGGCAUCUUCAGGGAAAGGGACGAGUUUGUGGUGCGGGUGGAGGACAUUCGAACUCUAAAGCUGGCCCUGCAGACGGGCCGUGAGCCUCCGCCCAUCUGGAGGGUGCAGAAAGCCCUGCUGCAGAAGUUCAGCCCAGAGAUCAAAGAUGGACAGAGACAGUUCUGCGCCACAAGCAACUAUCUUGGCUACUUUGGAGAUGCCAAGAGGCGAUACCAGCGAAUCUAUGUCAAGUUUCUGGAGAACGUCAACAAGAAGGACUAUGUCAGAGUCUGCUCUCGGAGACCUUGGCGCAGAGCCACACCUGCUCUCAGACGUCAGUCCCUCCCCAAAAUGGCUUCCCCCCCUGCCAGCCAGGCGCCACCAAGAGUAGUUGAGAAAGAGGAGAGAGCGGCUCCGCCAGUCCAGCGCGAACAGAGGGAGAAAACCAGAACGGCAAGCACAACGACAAAAGAACCGCGGGAGAAGAAGGAGGCUUCAGCCGCCGUGCUCAAAGCUAAGGAGAAGGAGAAAGAGAGAGAGCCGGAGGGGAAGAGAGCGCAGCUGCAGCAGGAGAAAGUGGAGAAACGUGCCGCCGCAGCAGAACGAGGUAGAGCGAAGGAGGAGAAGAGAGCGGUGGAGAGGAAGGAGAAGGAAAAGGCUGACCGCCCACCCAAGUCCAAGCCAGCCAAAGUGAAGGCAGAGCCACCGCCUAAGAAGAGGAAGAAGUGGCUGAAGGAAAUACCUUCAUCAUCCGACUCCGACUCAUCAGAGGAGGCAGCUAGUGAGAAUGAAAUGCCAGUGAAAGGCGGAGUGAACAACCGUGCCAUGAGGGAGAUGUUCAGGAGCUACGUGGAGAUGCUGGUCAGCACGGCCCUGGACCCCGACAUGAUCCAGGCCCUGGAGGACACAGACGAUGAGCUUUACCUCCCACCGAUGAGGAAGAUUGACAGCAUCCUCAGCGAACAGAAGAGGAGGUUGUUGAGGAGAGUCAGCAUGAGCUCUCAGCACCAGGAGGUCCUGCAUGCUUACCCCCAGAUCAUUGUAGACCCCCUGGACUCAGGAGUGGUGAGGGUGCGGCUAAGCGGGGAUGCUUACAACCGCAAGACCCUCAACAGAGUCAAAAAGUCCCUGCCUAAACCACAGGACCUUAAACUGUCAACCGAUUCAUAUCGGAUCUACAGUCUCUACCACUCCCUGCAUCACUAUAAAUACCACACCUUCUUACAGUGCAAGAAAGAGACCAACACCAUCGAGCAGGCGGCCGAGGACCCGGGCCAAGAGGAAGUGGUGCAGCAGUGCAUGGCCAACCAGAGCUGGCUGGACACCCUCUUCGGCUCCUUCAUUGAGCUGCUCACGCUCAGCACCAAAGCCUGAGGCGACCACAAAAUGAGAGCAGGAACGAGUAAAAGAAAGAGGAUUUAAAAAAAAAAAAAAAAAAUCCAAAAAAUGGAAAGAGAAGGA